CAUUACUCAGUUACAAUAAUGAUAAUAACUCCUACCAAUGCCAUCUACUCUUUCCUUCAAGAUGAAAAUGCCUGGCAUGAAGUUUGUUUGUCUCCUCAUGGCCGCGGAACUGCUCUGGUCACCUGUUUCCUCCAGUAUCUCGGUGCUAAGACUGAGUAACAGCACUGAUUACUGUACACUGGCGAACUCUCACCUUAGCUGUGAUUUUACUGGUGUUGAUGAGCCAGUGUAUGCUGAAGAAGGCUACUUGGAAAACAUCGAUUCUGUUGAAUGUCGAGGACCACUUGUUCUCCAUUUGCCUGAAAAUGCUUGCAUUAAGAAUAUGACAAUUCAACAUACAAAGAAAGUAGUGGUAACAGGGAGAAGCUGGAAGACAAGUUGCAAUGAAUAUCACUUGUUUGUUAAUAAUACCACUAUGACUGCCAUACCUCUUACUACAACGCACCUCCAUGCUGUGAGGUCAACCUGUUAUAAAAUGACACUGCAUCCCAAAAUGAAACACGUUUCCAUCGUCAGCUCGCGGGUUUCAUUCUUGACCACUGACCAGUUUCUAAAUGACUCUGUUGUGGUGAAUAUAACAAACACCACAGUACAUUACGUGAACAGCCUAUCAGCAUCUAAGAACGCGAAAAUACAGUUUUUGGCAAGUGACAUUGCAUACAUGCGACUAGACAGGACUGCACUUCAGGAUAACGCUGCUCUCGUCAUGGUCAACAGUAGAAUCAGAGCAGGAGACAACCAGGAAUUACUGGUUCCCCCGGGCGUCAGUGUAAUACUGGAUAGGCUAGAUAGCAAACUUGAAAUAAGGGCUAUUGGCAUAAUUCCAGGAUCAGAAUCAUCGCAGUCACCCGAAUCAUGCAAUGGGAUAAGCAUAAAGGAAUCUACUACACAAUAUUUUGUACAAUUUGUAUUUUUCUGCGCAUCUACAGUAUUUCUACUACUUGUUGUGUUGUUCAUGUGUAUCAAAAUUAUGACUACUUGUCUCCUGAAACGUUCUGUUCGGCAAAUACCCGACAGUGUAGGCCACGAAAGGCAAAUUAGACAAAACGGCAACACUCUAAGCGAGAUAUCUCUGAAUGAGCUUUUUGAAAGUUCUGGAAAUUUCUUGAACGAAUCCUUUCUGCAUGACCAUGAAAAAACUGCAGAAGCCGAUGAGAAGAAAGAACUCGAAAGACCCUACUGAGCCUGCAUGUUCAACGCUUCUGCAAGCCUCGAAGAGACAAGUGAACGUUUAGGGAAUUCUGGAUAGCAGGAAAGUACAAACACACAAAACAACCUACUCUGCAAGAUUAAGCUUUGAUUUGGUAUUACUGAAGGCAGCUCAUAUUUCAAACAUAUAAUUGUCGGCGUUGAAACGUCGUGGAGUGAUAUUAUAUUAAUACUGUCUUGCUUAAUUGUACAUCGAAAAAAAUCAUGCAUGUAGUUCUGUAAUGUCAUACACUGGAUUAUUUAUGUAUUAUUAGUGAUUGCCCAGGUUUCAUAGUGAAUCAUUACGUACCAUUUAUACGGAAUAGAGGAGAUACUGAGGGAGGUGCUCAGACAUCUUGAGAAGAUGGUAGGGGAGCGGAGCAAAGGAAAGCUUUGGAAUAGGCAGAUAGAGAAAAACCUCGCCGGCGUGUUUCUGUCCGGUCUCACGAAGGUGAAGCAUAGUUUGAAUCUGAGAACUGCUGCCUCAGAUUCGAGCAGGGCGGCUCCUAUGUUGUGGUGGGAGGCACCACAAUUGGCACACGUGCGUGACUGGGCAGAGUAAUUUAAACGGCCAUGACCAGGUUGGGCUCAUAGAGGGCAGCACGCUGUGGAGCGACAGUGUUUAGCAGGGCUUGACGCCACCAAUAUAAACUUCAUGGGAAAGGCCAUGUCUACAGAAGAUAAUCUUGACAAUAUCGGUAUUGGCCUUACGCUGGCUUCAGGGAGGGAUAGUGCAGCACUGUAUUGAUACUGUAUCAUGUAAGGCCUCCUUUGCAGUAUCCCGAAACCCCUAACACUUUGAUAUAUUGUUUCAUGUUGUAUCAUCGUCUCUACAAACACGUUUAGUAUCGAAGGUUGUAUUGGUAUACAUUAUUUUGUUAUUUUUCAUAAGAAAACCAUUAAAGAACUUGAUAUGCUGGUAUGUUUUUUAAUUACAAGCAAAGCAUUGUAGACGCCUCAAAUAAGAUGGAAAAAAGUACCUAACUAAUGGCAUUAAUUUAUCUAACUGAUUUAAUCAUAUCAAGAAAUCAAGAUAUGCAACAUUUUCUCUGACAUUUUCGAGCCUGACGUUAUAUCAUAGAGCUUAUGGAAUGAUUUUGAAGACAUACACCCCACCGAAGUCAAUACCACGUCAAAUGACUCGGACAUGGGAAAUUCUUAUCAUGACGCGCGAUAAGCACUAUAUAUACCCUGUAACGAAUCAAACGUGCAAAGGGACGCGCGUGGCUUCAUUAUCACAACUUGAAUUCUCAGGCAUUAUCCACCAUGAUGUUAAAGGUGCAUAUUCUUACCGCCAUGAUAAACACGUCUACAUUCUUCAUUCUGGUGGCACUAGGAGACGAGAUUUUCGAUAUCCCUGCGAAAGUUUCACUACAUUCACCUUUUUGUACUUUCACACGACCGACGUUACGUUGUGAUUUUCGUGGGAAUGAACAGCCUGUCUUCCUGGAAUCAAACCCUUUUGUUGAAACGACCAGGAAUAGCAACUUGAUGGUGUUCCUCAGCAACGCAAAGCUCCUCAUCCUGGACAGGCAUUUAUGCACCAAUAUGGUGUUGCGAAAUAUAGAACAGAUUAUAGUUAAGGACAGUGAUGAAAGAGGGUCAUGCGCUCAUAAGAAACUGAGAAUCCAAAAUGUUUACAUGAAUAGUCUGCCUCAUGGUCUUACAGAUAUAUAUAUGGAUAGUUCAACCCUUGAUGUCUUUCAUCUUGAGGGAACUAAAUUACAAACACUUACCAUCAUCAACUGUAUCAUUCAUCAUAUUGAUGUAGAAACUGAUAUAACUCAAGGAUCAAUUAAGGUACACUCAUCAAAAAUUGAUGUUAUAAGAAGACUACUUGUGAAAAACACAAAUCAAGUUCAGUUCUACAAGUCAGUGGUUAAUUACAUUCCUGAAGAUAGUUUUCAGCUUCGAUAUUGUUCGGUAGACCUCAGUGGGAGUGAGAUAACCCAUUACUCCAAUACUAGCAUCACCAUAUGUUAUCCAAAGGAUUUGUUGGAUGAAAAUUUUCAUGGUUAUUAUGCUUGUUCAGAUCAUAAGGUAAUAGACAGGUAGAUGCUCUAAACCUACAAACUUUGCAUUAGCUGAUAUUAUUUACAUAGGGUGUCAUAUCAGUAUGUCACUGGUUAGAACAGAGAUAAUGAAACAAUCAUUAUUAUGGGUGCAGAGUACAAAUACUGAAAGACCUAUAAGAUGUUAUGUAUACAGUGACGGAGAUGAAGUAGUAGUAUACAGUACUCCAAAAUCCAAGGUGUUUUGUAGACACCAAGAGAUCUGAUGAGUGAUGAGUAGGAUGAAGGACAAAAAUCCAUAUUGCUGACAGAGCAAACCUCACCAAUGAUGAGUACUGACACCACCAUGAGUUUAUUAAAAGCUUCUAAUGGGAAUGAAUGUACUUAAUUCUGUAGUAAGUACAAGUGUAAUUUGACGUUUAAGGUGAGGUACUGAACUCAAUCAGUUUUCUAGUUGGUUACAUUAUUAGAAAUCCUCUAAUAAGGUAAAAAAAAUAUAUAGGUACAUACAUGAGGAUGAGAACUCUUUGAGAAAUAAAUUGAUGCUGCAUUAGAUAUAAUGAGUGGCAAGUGUCGACAAAACAUUAAAAACAUAAAGAAAAGAGUUGUUCUCAAGAAGCAAACUUUGAGGAAGUUCCUUCACGCAGACAUACAACAUUUUAACUGUUAUACUAAACAGGUUGAUCCUACAACUUGCACAAAAGAGGAGAAUAACACUACUGUAAUGAGCAGAUGUGUAAGAAAACAUCACUAAUAUUGAAGACGAAUCUCCCAAGCAAGCAAAGAGAUAGGGAUAAAUAACUGAGGGAAAAAUUUGAGAGAGCAGCCACAGAGUUUCAGAAAUUUAUCUGUUACAAGACGAGAAUCAUGAUGAGGAUGUUUCUUAGGAUUUUAUUAAUUCUGCCAUAAGCAGAACAAUUAUAUCUAUAAUUACUUCAGUAUUUUCUUUACUUACAUACAUAAUUCUCAUACACCCAUGUAUGUAUGUAAACACACACAUAGUGUGCAAUAUUUAACUUACCUAAAAACAUUAUGAAAUGUCAGAAUUAACAGUAUAAAUAAAUGGUGGGCAGACAUAAGAUGAUGCAUAGCUUUGACUCCAGUAGGUUGCCACCUCCCCGUGUGCUAGGAAUAGCCAGAUUGACUCUAACUCCUAAACCCUGAAUCAGUACUUGAGUCCCUUAGCUUACUAAGCUCUGGAGCUCAAUGGGUUAGUUUUGAUGUGUAAACAAAAUAAUUAAAAACAUAUUAAUAAAAAGAAAAGUAAAA